GCCCGGACGUGCCUUCUUCCGGUCUGCCAGCGAUCACGAACGCGCAAAGUAUAGCUUGAGUUCAGUGCACAACACUCUACUGCCGUGAUCCGGCACAGCACCGCAGGCAUGGGUCACCUCGUCACGGUUGCAACAUGCAACCUCAACCAGUGGGCGCUCGACUUUGAGGGCAAUACCCAGCGCAUCAUCGAGAGCAUCCAGAAAGCCAAGGAGGCUGGGGCCACCCUCCGUGUUGGUCCCGAGCUUGAAAUAUGCGGCUAUGGCUGUCUCGACCAUCUGCUCGAGCAGGACCUGUACUUGCACUGCUGGCAGUCUCUCGAGGUCAUCCUCCGGGACAAGUCCUGCUAUGACAUUAUUCUCGAUAUUGGCAUGCCCAUCUUGCAUCGCAAUAAUCGUUUCAACUGCCGUGUCAUCUGUUACAAUGGCAAGAUCUUGCUCAUCCGCCCGAAGCUCUUCCUCGCCGGAGAUGGCAACUACCGCGAGCAGCGCUUCUUCGUCCCAUGGCUUCGCCCACAGCACUGCGAAGAGUACUACCUACCUCGCAUGAUCCGAGUCCUCCAGGGCGCCACCAAGGUCACCAUCGGAGACGCGGUCAUCAGCACGCCAGACACAACCAUUGGCUGUGAGACAUGUGAAGAGCUGUUCACUCCGGAUCCACCGCACAAUGCCAUGUCUUUGAAUGGAGUCGAGAUCAUCACCAAUUCAAGCGGCUCGCACUGGACUCUCCGCAAGCUCAAUCUUCGCAUGCAGCUAAUCAUGGAGGCCACGAGAAAGAACGGCGGCGUUUACAUCUAUGCCAACCAGCAAGGUUGUGAUGGAGACCGCCUGUACUAUGACGGCUGCGCGAUGAUCAUCUGCAAUGGCAAGCUGCUCGCACAGGGCUCCCAAUUCAGCUUGGAAGAUGUCGAGGUCGUGACCGCCACCAUCGACCUCGAAGAAAUUCGAGCCUACCGGUUCGCUCCAUCUAGGGGCAUGCAAAGCGUCUUGGCACCUACAUACAGGCGUAUCGAAACGGAAUUUGAGCUCAGCUCAGAGGAAGAAGACUAUAAGCUCAAGCGUUUUCCCUCAAUGGAGAUACAGCCACGCUACCACUCCCCCGAGGAGGAGAUUGCCCUGUGCACAGGUGCAUACCUGUGGGACUACCUCCGUCGAUGUGGCGUGGCUGGCUACCUGGUCCCACUCAGCGGUGGUAUUGACUCCUGCGCAACCGCUGUGAUUGUCUUUUCCAUGUGCCGUAUGGUCUCGGAGGCUUGCAAGGCUGGGAACAAGCAGGUCAUUGCCGACGUUCUCAGGAUCGCCAAGUACACCGAGGGCACGGUCCCGGAGACCCCAGAAGGGCUUUGCAAUCAACUGUUCCACACUGUCUACAUGGGAAUGUCCAAACAAAGCUCAAAGGAAACAAGGCAAAGGGCCAAGGAUCUGGCCGCGGCAAUCGGAGCCUACCACGUCAAUCUGGAUAUCGAUGAGAUUUAUAAUGCUCAGAGAAACCUUGUUGUUAAGUGCCUCAAUUUUGAGCCCAAGUUCAAGGUCGAGGGCGGCACGCUGGCUGAAAAUCUGAUGUUGCAAAACAUUCAGGCGCGCUCUCGUAUGGUCACUGCAUAUGAAUUCGCUCAGAUCUUGCCCACGUCACGUGGGCGUCCUGGCGCUGGAUCGCUCCUGGUUCUUGGAAGUGCGAACGUUGGUGAAUCAUUACGCGGCUAUUUGACCAAGUACGACUGCUCUUCGGCCGAUAUCAACCCUAUUGGCUCAAUCGACAAAAGCGAUCUGAAGCGCUUCAUAGCCUGGGCAGAGACCAAUUUUGACCUGCCUUGUCUAAACGAAUUUCUGACCGCAGUGCCCACUGCUGAGCUUGAGCCGAUUACUGAGACUUAUGUCCAAUCCGAUGAGGCCGAUAUGGGCAUGACUUAUGACGAGCUGACCACAUUUGGCCGUCUACGCAAGGUCGACAAGCUCGGUCCUUACGGAAUGUUCCAGCGGCUGGCCCACGAGUGGGGUGCGAAUCGCCCUGGUGCCAAGGAUGACGGGCAGCCCGUCUACACGCCUCGCCAGGUUGCUGAAAAGGUCAAGCGCUUCUACCACUACUAUGCCAUCAACAGGCACAAGUUGACCACGUUGACGCCGGCGUUGCACUGCAACGACUACUCUCCGGAUGACAAUCGUUUUGAUUCGGUAUCUUGCAUUGCUAACCACACUGCUGCUAACCAGCUUCGACCCUUCUUGUAUCCGCCCUUUUACCAGAGUUUGGCGUUCAAAUGCAUUGAUCGCGAACUCGAGAAGAUGGAGGCUGCCCUGGCAGACAAGGAUGUUGACUAAAGUCUGCCGAGAGCUCUCGUUGUAGAACGUGGCGCAUGAACUUCGUGUUUUCACCGCCUCGUCCAUUAGAUGGCGCCCCGGAAAGCCGCGUGGCGUCCAAGCAAUAGAGAUACCGACCACAUAUCAGUCAUACGCAUGCAUAGGGACAAAUUGCAUUAUCCAUCAUAUGGGCGACGUCCUGGCUAGAACUGAUAACGAAGCUGGAUACGGAAGGGGCCCCGCAACGGCCCGGUGUCCUGGCCCACUCGGCCCGGCUUACACACACCCCGCGCUCGUGAUACGUGCCCGAAGUCGCA